AUGCGGCGCAAGCAUGUAGAGGAGGAUGGAAUUUCCCCAAAGAAACUGCGAUUGAGCUUGGCAGUUGGAAGAACCAAUCUGGAUGCUAUGACUAUGGGUUUGUGCAACGUGAAACUGGUCAAGAAGGUGUGUAAGAAGAGAAGUGGGCCAAAAGGUUCAAAAAAUAAAGCAAAGGAACUCAAGGUUGUUCAAGCUUCUCCACCAAAGAAGGAUAAGUCUCCAAGAAAGGAUCUGAUUCUCAACUCUCUUGAACCCAAGCUUCAAGAUUCAGUGCUCUGCUGCACCACACCACAUGCUGUUUGGGAAGACUUGCGAGAGAGAUUCGAAUUGGGCAACGCCCCUCGCAUAUUUCAAGUUCAAAGAGACAUUUACCGUAUUGAACAAGGUCAAUCAUCUAUUGCAGAGUACUACACAAAGCUGAAAGGCUUAUGGGACGAGCUUGCUUCAUACAACACUGUCACUUGCACUCGUGGAGCGCAAAAUGAUCUCAGUAAGUUGAUGCAAUUUCUUAUGGGUUUAAAUGAGUCUUAUGCUGCUACUCGUGGACAUAUUUUGUUGAUGAACCCCUUGCCUUCCGUGAGACAAGCUUAUGCUUCCCUCGUCCAAGAAGAAAAGCAACGGGAACUUGGUUCCCCUCUUAUUGCCCCAUUUAACACCGCAGCGAUGGCAAUACGCAGCUACUUUAGAUCACAACCUCAUAUGCAAGGGAAUCAAGGCAAUACCCAAGCAAGCAAUUUUUGUCCUUAUGCCCCAAUCAAGCAUUGCACUUAUUGUGGCAAGGAUUAUCAUACUGAAGCAACUUGCCAUAAAAAGCAUGGUUACCCUCCUGGUCAUCAUCUCUACAAAGGACCUAAGGAAGCUAAUUCUACAAGACAACGUCAAGGAAGUCCCUCUUCUAAUCAUGUUAAUGCUAACCCAACAUUCAAGGAACUUCAAGGAAUGCUUCCUAAUCUCACUGAGGAUCAUUACACUCAAGUAAUAGCUGCCUUGACUCCUACACCACAAAUCCCUCAAGCCAAUGCUACUACUUCUGCAACUGAAUAUGCUACAGGACUUGGCUACGAGGAUGAUGAUUGGUGUGGGUAA